UCCCCCCUAAAAAAAAAAAAAGAAGAAAUCAAUCAAUCAAUCAAUCAAGUCAACCAAUCUUCCGACCGACCGAUCGAUCGAUCAAUCAAUGGCUUCGAUCUACAGCUGCGGGGAGUGCGGGACCGACCUGAGCCUACAGACGGCGAAUCUGUACCCUGCGGACUUCUACUUCGAGGCCGGCAACAAAGGAACGCUGUCGUUCGCCGCCGUGGCCGACGCUGCCAAGUUCCGGUUCAAGAAGGAGGACAAGAUCCGGCCUUUCUUCGAGACGGUCAACUACUGGGGAAUCCAGAGGAAGAGGACCAAGAUCAAGUGCGAUCACUGUGGCCAUCUGCUCGGGUACGUCUACGACGACGGCGCUCCGAUGACCAACAGUCCCGGUCAGUUCCACUUUGGCCCCAGUCAGGUCAUUCCUAGGGCUCCUCGCUAUAGGUUCAAGACCAAGGCUCUUCGAAUCACCUCCCACACUUGAUC